ACAGAUGUCUUCAACUCCAAAAGUCUGGCCAUUCAGGCUCAGAAGAAGAUCCUUGGGAAAAUGGUGUCCAAAUCCAUAGCAACUACUUUGAUUGAUGAUACAAGCAGUGAUGUCUUAGAUGAGCUCUACAGAGUGACAAAGGAAUAUACACAAAAUAAAAAGGAAGCAGAGAAAAUCAUCAAAAACCUCAUUAAAAUAGUUCUUAAAUUGGCAAUUCUCUACAGGAACAACCAAUUUAAUCAGGAUGAAAUAGCCCUGAUGGAGAAAUUCAAGAAGAAAGUUCAUCAGCUGGCUAAGACCGUGGUCAGUUUCCAUCAGGUGGAUUAUACCUUUGACAGGAAUUUUUUGUCCAAACUGUUAAAUGACUGUAGAGAGCUACUUCAUGAAAUCAUUCAGCGUCACCUAACUGCCAAGUCACACGGACGUGUCAACAAUGUGUUUGAUCACUUCUCUGAUUGUGAAUUUUUGGCUGCCUUGUACAAUCCCUUUGGACCUUAUAAACUCCAUUUGCAGAAGCUUUGUGAUGGUGUCAACAAAAUGCUAGAUGAGGGGAACAUAUAA